AUGAGCUCACCAUCUCCUCAACUCAGAGAUGCCCAAAACUAUGCAAGAGAUCGCCCGUCGUGGGGAGACCGUCCACCGUCCAGAGAGGAUUUGGACAAUUAUUUUGACCACGAAUUGCCCGCUCCUCACCGUCUUUCUGGAUCCUAUCUGAGUCCGUCUCACUCUCCGCGCGCAUCGAUGGAAAAUCUGGCCAACAAGCCGCUCCCUUUGCCUGCCUUUGGCGGCACUGGCCCACGCUAUCUGUCUCCGCUCGCCGCCGCAGAGGCCACGGCGACAGAAGGCGCAGGUAUGCGCAAUUCGAACUACUCGGAGAUUAGCAUGGUCGGCCUCAACAGCGGCCGGCCUCCUGUUCGACGGAGUACCUGGCUAGAAAAAGAGCAGACGCAUCACCGGAAGAAUCACAGACUCUUCAUUAUAGUCUGUUCCACCCUGACGAUCCUCAUCGUCCUCGGUGUUUCCCUCGGAGUCUUUUUCGGCACACGAAAUAGCAAAAACAAUACCGCAGCGGCAAGUGAUCCUUCGACUACUGGUACCAGCGGUGGAGGUGGCUCUGGCUCAUCUUCCGGUGCCAACGAUACUGUGGCCGGAGACCCUAGCCAGUUCACCAAGGACCCCAAUUUAAAGCAAUCCUUCUACGGCAUUGCUUAUACGAUGCAAGACGCUUUGUACCCCGACUGCAACGAGAACCUUGCCUCGGUUAUUCUCGACGUCCAACUCAUGUCACAAUUGACCACGCGGAUACGUCUCUAUGGCAGCGACUGUAAUCAGACCCAGCUCGUGCUCGAGGCCAUCAAGCAAACGAAAGUGGAUAUGAAGAUCAAUGCGGCUAUCUAUAUUCCGGUGGACGAUGAUGUAGCAUACGCUCGACAACGCGACGCUCUGCAAAAUGCGCUUCAGACGUACGGGGUAGACAAUAUCGAAGGGAUCACGGUCGGCAACGAAUUUAUUUUAAAUUACGUGACGAAGUACGGAGGUGAUGGAGCGAGUGCAGAUAGCGCUGUUGGUAGGAGGGCGGCGGCGCUCCUCAGCGAGAAGAUUACCGAGACCCGGCAGUUCCUCAGUUCUCUGGGACACUCUGACGUACCAGUAGGAAGUGCUGAUGCAGGUGCCUACUUCAACAACGACCUGCUCAGAGUAAUCGACUACGGCCUAUCAAACGUACAUGCCUGGUUUGCUCCUACAACAGCAGCUGGAGCUGCUGCCUGGACGAAUCAAUUCUUCCAGGAGACCAACGUCGCUGCCGCAGCAGCAGUGAGCAACCACCCCAGGAUGGUCAUCGCCGAAACCGGAUGGCCGACUCAUUCGAGUGACGCUGCACAUGAAAACUCGGGUGCUGGAGUAGGAGGCGAAGCAUCGGUCGCAAAUCUCCAGACCUUUUUGGAUACGUUUGUGUGCCAAGCGAACAGCGCGGGAACACCGUAUUACAUGUUUGAAUACUCCGAUGUCGGAUGGAAGGACCGUAUUUAUGGGGGUGUCGAGGGGUACUGGGGCCUACUGCGCACACCAAUAGAGGCCACGACUCUUACGACCCAAGGACUCAUGGACAAAUAUGGCCACAGUUUCUCCCGUAAAGCCCCUAAACCCUCGAGCUCGCCUCUGGAGCCAUUAGGAGUCUCCCUUAAGCGCUCGUCAUCAAAGGCAGACCUCGCUGCAGAGCCAAAACCAAAGCGUCAACGCACAAAGGCUGGCUGUAUCACCUGCAGAGUCCGUGGAAAGAAAUGCGACGAAACUCGCGUGAACAAUGGAGAGACUUGCGAGACCUGUAGGCGCCUUCGUCUACACUGUCUUGGCUUUCAGGACCGCCGUCCAGAGUGGCUCAGGUCCAAGGAGAACAUCAAGGUCUGGCGAAAGAGAGUGACCGACUUUUUGCUCUCUCAAGGGCUCGUCAAGGGCCAUGCUGGUUGUGGGCUUCGUCCUGGACCUAUACCAGAUGCAUCCCUCACUCUCGAGGACAUGCGGCGUGAUCUGGACGCCGGAGUGGGCGACGUCGAUUCUCCUAUUGGUCCACUGCAAGAGCACGAACGUGACUUGGAGCCCGAGCAGCCCCUUGGGUUUGCUAGCGGGAUGGAUGGACCCAUCAUCCUCCCUCCUAUACACAACAUUGCCCGUCAGGACUCGCGUGACCAAGAUGAUCCUCAGUACAUUCCCAAGCGAUUCGAGAAUGCCAUUGGGGGCAUUUCUCACGAGGACAAUCGGCACCGCUGGGUGCCUCCACCCCCAUAUCCACCUCUCAAGCCCUAUGACAAUGAGGGGAAUUUCCUCCCGCCUCACCCGCCCGGUACGCGGCCUCCCAUGAAUGGUUUCCCUCUCAGCGGCCCAAUGGCUCCCAACCCGCCGGGACACCAAGUACUCCCUAGUCCUACUCAGCAGAUUUUUGGGUAUGAGCCUGUUCGCCCGCUCCCACCGCCGCACAAGUCUUCGGGAGGUUACUCUUCAACUUCGGAUAGCACGUCUGAACGCCCCUUUACGAGCCCAACGGGAAGCACGAACGAAAGCGCGUAUGAUAAUGCCCCUCGCAACUCUUCCAUGUACGGGUACACGACACCAGCUUUGUCUUCUUCUGCGACCCACUCCUCUUCGCUGCCCACUCCAUCCUCUGGCAACAGCUUUCAAGGACCCUCCUCAGAGCCCGGACACUCGUCCGGCCCAGACCGCUACCUACCGCGAAACCCAUACAUACAGCAAGAUCCGAUGACGGGUGCACACAGACGCCAUGAACAGUUCCAUCCUUAUCGUCGUGGUCCGAUCUUAUCGCGGUCACCCAGUGGCAAUGGCGCUGAGCUUCUGGACCAGCUUCACAUCCAAACGAAUACCGCUCGCGGAGUGGCCCGCACCUCCCCAACGCAAUACAAUACGCAAUCGGCGGAUUCCCUCGCUUCAUCAUCACCCGAAGCCUAUGUCCCUACCUAUGGCUCGUUUUCGGCGCCUAAUGCCGUCGGUACCUAUGGAGGGUACGUAAGUUCCACAAUGUCGAUUCAGAGCCUGCUGCAGGCGUCCAAUGCUGGCACGCCAGUGACUGUUCCUCCUUCCUCUGCCAUCAGUACUGUCGCCCCGACGCCUACGACGGCCAUCUUUCCUUACAGUGCAACAAACGCAAACAAUUCCAGCGCAGACAAUAACAAUGGAGCACUCGUUACAGCAGGCUACUUCCCGACAUAUCCUGGCGGGUAUCCGGAAUACGUGCCUCUUCUCCAGUCCCCACCAACCAUGUCCCUCAGCGAGUUUUACAUCCAUCGCUAUUUCACGCACGUUAUCGGUGUGCAAUACCGCCUUGCAAACAUACGGACACUCCAGCAUCAGAUGUUCGAGCUUUCCGAACGGUCGCCGGCGGUCAAGGCAAGCAUCUCGUUGCUCUCCGUCCUGUAUCUCGAGGCCCAGCAGCUUGCAGCGGCAGGCAUAGGAGGGCCUCUUGGAGAUGCGGGCAACAGACGCGGGCAGGGGAUGAUUCUGGGGGAGAAUGACAGUUAUAGCGCGUUUACUACCCCUUACCCACCGUUGGAUCUUGGUGUCCCUGGUAUUGGACUCAUCAAUGCAUCGUCUAUGCUCCCUUCAAACACGACGAAUUCGCGCGCUCAAUACGACCUCCUUUAUGCUCGUAUCAAAAAACUGCUCGACGAGGCGCGGCUCGCCAAGGGCGGCCGCUACGACGAGGGAGAUGCAAUGGCGUGUUUACACGUCAUUAGUGCAUUCUUGUUCAGCGGGGGACGUGGCAAUUGGGAUCAAUUUCUUCAAAUUGCGACGGAAUGGGUGUGGGCCCACAUUUCUGACAAUAGUGGGAAUGUAGUCGCCGCGAUCAGUGGGAUGGACUCUACUAGUCGCUUCAUUUUCCGCACGACAAUGUGGAUGGACGUUUUUGGGAGCAUCUCGCUCUGCAGAACGCCUCGCUUUAUCAACAUCUAUCGUACACUGUUCCAACCUGGUGCUCUGGACUCGAUGACCGCCAUGUCAGUCUCAGUUGAGAGCAGGAUGGAGAGUGUCAUGGGAUGCCCCAACGAGGUCAUUCUUGCAUUUGCAGAGAUUGCAGACCUAGAGGCGAAGAAAGAGGCCCUCGUCAACAGUUUCAGAACGCUGUCCGCCUCGCAACCUAGAGAAGGCUGCGGUGGCAAAACGACAUGGCGGCACUGGAGGCAGAAGGACGCCGAGCGAUAUAUUCCAGAAGCCCUUGGGCCUGCCGCCCUACCGCUCACUCGUUUUCAAGAGAUUCACGCUGCGCCGCCUCCUUCGUCUUCAACGCAACAACGGCCUCAAGCGAGUAGCUCUGGAUCGCUGCAAGUGCCGAAUCAAAAUCUCGAGUUUAGUGGGGUUGAUCUCAAUCUAUUUGGAGGUGGCCCCGACCCACUUGGGUGGUUUGACCCCAGCGGUGGCGUCAGCUCUGAUAUGAUCAGCGGCGCUGCAGUCGAGGACGAGAAUGGGGGAUAUAUUGACCCAGACGAGGAUAUGCGAGGCAAGAUUGCGGAAGUCUUUCGCAACGCCGCGCGGGUGUAUUUGCAUUCCGUCAUUUCGGGAUGCGACCCUCUGAUCCCCACAACGCGAAGGGCUGUCCAGGCUACGAUUCGAGCGUUGCAGGGUGCCAAGCGACCAGAUUGGUGUCGUGACAAGGAAAAGGUGGAACAAUACAAACUAGACAUCAAGCAAAACGGUACAUUGCCUGGUAACCUACGUGCAACGACGGGUGGGCAGGAUACCAACGGUCCGUUGACACCAAACGCGUCAACAAACGGCUUGUCGGCCUUUGCACGACACGCCGCGGACAGAUUUGAUUUUCAGCCAGUCUUCAGCACAGACGAUCACCGCAAUGGGGUUGGUGGCUCCGACUAUUUUGGCCUUCCGUCGUCUUCUGGCCUCGCCCAUUUUGCAGGCGAUCACCAAUUUGAUGGCGACAUAUUCGGAGCCACGAACCCUGGGGAACUUGAUUUGGGCGCGUUGCUCUCCUAUGUCCCUUCGCAACACUUUGUUCCUCAGCACCAGACAUGGUCCAACCAAACUACUCCCGAACUCCGCGAGUCGCCAAACCUCAACGUCGUCAAUCCCAUCACGUCUGCGAUUGACCAAUCGAUGCUCAGCCUCCCCCCGCCACCACCCCCAUCUGCCGCCAAUCCCUCGAGUCCAGCAGUUCACAUCCCCAUCGUGCCCUCGUCGACCUCUUCAACCUCAUGGGAUGGUCUCAACUAUCCACCCUUUGGAACCCUACCACCCCUCUAUGGCUCUGGUUCGACGACGGCGGGCGCUUCAUUCGAGGUGCCGGGAUCAGCACCUGCCGACGCCACGGCGUUCCUUGCUCUCCCGUCUGCCGCCGCGGGCACUGCAGGCAUCACCACGCUCGAUAUUCCAGGCUUUGACGCGUCACAGCUCGUCCAGCCGCCACCAGUUCACCCGCUCCCGCGGGUUACCCAGAAACAGGAUAAACCGCCUGCCUCUGUCGAUGCCGAGACGGUUCGCAAGCAAGUGUCUUACUACUUUAAUCGGGUGCGCAAAAUGCAAUUUCUAUUCGCCGGUGAGAGCACCAAGGAUGUUUUGCGCGAUAUCGUGGUCGCAAAUCCUUACGGCGUCGUCACGAAUGCCAUCUGCGCGCUCUCCGCCAUUCACGACACGCUCGUCCGCAAGGCAGCAGGCAAAGAAGCGGAGGACCCCGAGUCGGCCACCUCGCUCCCUCGUCGUUUCUAUGAAAAGGCGAACGAACAGCUAAUGGCAUCCAGGAUCCAGGGUGGUGCCUACACGGCUCUGGACGCGACUGCCACGCUCCAGCUCGUGUCAUUUUCACACUUCGUCGGCGGUAUCCGCGGGUGGGAGAAGACACUGCAAAUUGCAGGCGAUUGGUAUGAAAGCACAGGGAUCACCCGUCACGAGGCUCCCCUCCGCGCAAUGUGGGAACUCAAUCUCACCUCCAAAUUCGCCAGCCGCCUUGUGGUUUGGUACGAUGUCUUUUCUUCCGUCACACUACAACGCCCCGCACGUUUCCUAUCGACGUAUCGGAAAAUGCUCCGCCAAGAUGAAUCUGCAGGCACCGGUGCAGCGCAAAAGUUUUGGCGGAAAGACUUGAACAUGCAAGCCACUAUGGGUUGCUCGGACGCUGUUCUCUUGGCGAUUGCGGAGACGGCCGAACUGGCUCACUGGAAGGAUCAGGAGAAGAAGCAAGGUUCGUUGAGUUAUCGUGAGCUCAACCUCCGUGCAGAGGCCAUCGAACAAGAACUACGAGCAGCAAAAGAGGCCCUCGAGCUCGAAGAGGCUCGCGCUGUCCUGGCCAAUAGCGCCAUGGCUCCUGCGGCGAAUAAUGCCUACUUUGGAUCGAUGUAUGGAAACACGACGACUGGGAUGGGAAUCUUGAAUAUUGCUCCCACUAGCGCUCCUGGCACGCCAUCUUCGACCUCUGGCGAGAGCGUUCAAUCUGCGCUACACCCAACUCCCAAUGGAUCGUCGUCGUUGUCGCUGCCGUACGAUGCUUCUGCUGCCACCAUUGUCGAGGCUACGUCCAAUGGCCUCGUGAAUGAGGUGCCAUCGACAUUGACCGCAGUCGCGACAGGCGAAUUCGUCCUCUCUCUCCCUCCCUCUGCCACAACAUCCCGUGGGGUGACGCCAGCCAAGAACCCCUCUGCUUCACCAAAGACCAAUCAAUACAGUGAUGGCACAUGCGAUCCUGUAUUCCCGAUUGGGUUGUCGGACCACGACCUGCGAAUACGCACGAGCCGAAUCUUCCUUGAAGGUGCCCUGCUCUACCUCCAUACCAUUGUUGCGGACUCGAACCCGAAUGUUCCGGAGGUUGUCGAAGCUGUCCGCGCGGUAAAAGACGCAGCAUCCUUGUUGCAACCGUCGGACGUGGACCGCGCGCUUGUCUUCCCCUUUUUCAUGGCGGGAUGUAUGGCAGAACAGGCGGAGCAACGCGAAUUCUUCCGCUCGCGAUUGACAAAGGCGCACAAUGGGGUCGGAAACUCGCUCGAGGCGGUGAAGAUUAUGGACGGCGUGUGGGAGCGAAGAAAGGAGGUGAAGAAGUGUGUAUCAAAGCAGCGCGUUCACUGGCGGGACGUAAUGGAGGAAUCUGGCGUCAAACUCUUGUUGGCAUGA